AGGAUGAACUCCUCUUUCGGCUCAUCAAACUUGAUAUUUAACAGUGUUCGGUGAGUUUGAACUUGGCUUGUUUAGUCAAUGUCCAUUUUAAAUUCGAGUUUGAGAUCAAGGUUGAUAAAUAAAAAUUACAGUAAUUAAAAUUCAAAUAAUUCUUAAAAAUUACAGUAAUGUUCAGAAGGUUUUAAUGUAUUUUUUUGUGAGCCCAAGGAGCUCAGUAAUGACUUUUUCGAUCUGUUUAACAAGUUCAAAAAUGUUUGGUUGAAUUCGGCUUGUUCGGUGAGUAAAUUGUUUAUGAAUGACUCAAUUUAUAUCAAAUUAUCAUUGAAAAUAGUAAUAAAAUAAUGAAAUAUAAGAAAUAACAAAAUACAAUUAAAAUUCAAAUGGUAUUUUUUAUAAGCCAACUCAUUUGAAAUUGAGUUUAUAAAGGGAUAAAAUCGAAGAAUGCUCAAUUUAAUUUAUUUGCGUCAACAACGCCCCGAUCAAUUUUAGUAUAUGACAAAUUAUUUAUGAGUAUUGUUAGUUUGUUGCGAGUCUUGUGAUAAUCAUUAUUUACAAUUUUACGUGACAUAUCCAUAAAGAAUUUAUAAUUAUAAUUUUUCAAAAUUAUAUAUUUAGAAUAAGAAACUUUCCAUAUACAAUGCCAUCACGUUCAUGAACAAGGAUCAUUUACGUUAACAACAUGUAAGGUUUUAUUUAUAAAAAAUCAAAUGUGUAUUUAAAAAAAAAAAAAAUUAAAUUAAUACAAAGAAUUUAAAGUUAAUAUAGUGUCAAUAUUAUAAUUUGCUACAAAUCAAGGCCGUCCGUAGGAAAUAAAGAAGCGCGAGUGCGCGACCCGUCCGAAGACUCGGAGAGGAGAAGAAGAAAGUGAGAGAAUGGGCUGCGCUAGCAGGCCCUUAUUGCCGUCGCAAUUGCCUGCACCACCACCCACUACGCUUCUGCUGUCACUGCGCCCCAGUUCUUCCGCCACCAUUCCAAACAACGCUUCCGCCGCUGCCUUCGGUGGUGGUGAGCUGCGGGGAUCACUCAUUUCACAAUACAGCGCACAGAAACUCAACGAAUCAACUCUGUCUGUAUUUGUCAGAAACCCUAAUUCCUCUCCAUCUCAUGCUCCUCUCCUUCCCCUGCUCUCUCUGGAACAUGGCGGUGGCAAUUGCGACGACGGAAACAACACCAACAACCACCACCGUGGAGGCAGUGGCGGCGGCGGCGGCGGCGGCGGUUGGGAUGGCCCUUUUAGUUCUGGUGAGUGGUGGGGUUGGCAAGAGGACCAUAGUAGUUCUUGUGUUCCCUAUCAUCAGUUUCUCUCCUUCCUCUGCUCUCGUUUGCUUGCCAUUGAUGAUGGAACAACUAGAGCUCUAUGCAAAAGGGCUUUUGUAUCCCUAAUGUCCUUCUUGUGUUGCUGUAGUUACUUCCAGAUCGCUUGGGCAAAAGCAAGGACUAGCACAACUACUGAGAAUGAAAAGGAAGAAGUUGUAUGGGAAAUAAAGGGCGGGAACUGGACGAAGCUCAUUCCUGAUUAUUACAAGGAUGCGUUUGUUGUCCUUACCGGGAAAUCGUCGUUCGGCGGCGGCAGCGGUGGUGUCGAGGGUUUCGUCUCCAAUAUGUGGAUGCAAUGUAGGGAUCUCUUUGUGCGCUUGAUGCUCCCGGAAGGUUUUCCUCACAGCGUUACCAGUGACUACUUAGAGUACUCUCUUUGGAGGGGGGUCCAAGGUGUUGCCGCCCAAAUUAGUGGCGUUCUUGCCACCCAGGCUUUGCUUUAUGCUGUUGGAUUGGGAAAAGGAGCCAUUCCACUUGCAGCUGCUGUGAAUUGGGUACUCAAGGAUGGAAUUGGGUAUCUGAGCAAAAUUAUGUUGUCCAAAUUUGGCCGACAUUUUGAUGUCAAUCCAAAGGGAUGGAGGUUGUUUGCUGAUCUUUUGGAAAAUGCUGCAUACGGACUGGAGAUUAUAACUCCUGCGUUUCCUCAUCUCUUUGUUCCAAUUGGUGCUGCGGCUGGAGCAGGACGCUCGGCGGCUGCACUAAUCCAGGCUGCUACGAGGAGCUGCUUCUAUGCAGGCUUUGCCGCUCAGAGGAAUUUUGCCGAGGUUAUUGCAAAGGGUGAAGCUCAGGGAAUGGUGAGCAAAUCUAUUGGUAUCAUGCUUGGCAUAGCAGUUGCUAACUGCAUACGUUCUUCUACACCUCUUGCCCUUGCUACUUUUGGUGCAGUAACUUGGAUCCACAUGUUCUGCAAUCUGAAAUCAUACCAGUCAAUUCAACUAAGGACAUUGAAUCCGUAUCGUGCGAGUUUGGUUUUUAGUGAAUAUCUGCUUUGUGGUCUGGUUCCUUCUGUUAAAGAGGUCAACAAUGAGGAACCACUUUUUCCAGCUGUACCGCUUCUUAAUAUGAAGCCAGAAUAUAAAGCACAAUCUGCAAUCCUAUCUUCGGAAGCCAAGGAUGCAGCUGCUAACAUUGAGCACCGGCUGCGGCUGGGCUCCAAGCUCUCUGAAGUUAUUAAAAACAAGGAGGAUGCCCUUGCAUUGUUUGACCUGUACAAAAAUGAGGGUUACAUUUUGACCGAACACGAGGGAAGAUUUUGCGUAAUACUCAAAGAAAGCUCUUCACCACAAGACAUGCUGAAGUCCUUGUUCCAUGUUAAUUAUCUUUACUGGCUGGAGAAAAAUGCAGGAAUCAAAACGAGUAGUGCCUUUGAUGACUGCAGACCUGGGGGAAGGCUGCAACUAUCUCUUGAGUAUGUGCAAAGGGAAUUCAACCAUGUACAAAACGAUGGGGAACUAGCAGGUUGGGUCACUGACACCCUUAUUGCAAGGCCUUUGCCAAAUAGAAUUCGUCCUGGCUAUUAAUCAUCCAUCUGCUGUUGAUUGCUGAUAUAAUACGUGGAGGGCUUUCUCCUCGUCUUAUAGCUUGCAUGGCUGCUCCCGGGCAAGCUAAGAGGGAAAAAUUGCCUUCAGAUCAUAUGGGAUUGCUUGUAUCCAUCUACUGCCUUGUUGAGCUCUACUGAUGCUAGUAAAGAUUACACUAUAGAGGUUCUUUUCCAGGGAAAGACAAAACAGUAAAACUCCAACUAGAAGUGUGGCAGAAUCCUCAAUUUUGUUCAGCUGGCCUUGGUAAAUGGGUGCGACCUCUCAGAGAUGACCUUGGUAAAAUAGUUGGAACCCUCAGAGAUGGACCGGACCGACAAUGGAAAAGUGCAGAUCAGUGGGUUAGCAGGCCGAGACUUGAUGAGCAUCUACAUUUUAAUUUCAUAAAUCAUUAGCCAUGACUGGUUAUCAAAUGAUAUAUUCAUUGUCAAAAGAAUUUCAUUGAAAAUUGAGACAGUUCCAAUAGUGAAUGGGAUUUUUUUAGCUUUCUUCUCUCUUGUAUUCUCAUUUUUACAUUACUAUAUAGGACAACAAGGUAAGAUUGUUGAGCUUAUAAGUAUGAAGUUGGACUGAUUUCCCUUUAAA